GGUGUUUUGUUUUAGCACUUGUGAAUGCGCGUAAAAAUGAACAUUGAAGCUGUUUUGAAACAAUUAUCAUUGAUAUAACACAAUUCCCAGUUGGAAGAGGAACAACAAGUAAAGUUUACCAUGACAGACAUCCGCAAUAUUUCAAUGGAUACUUCCCUUCCAAUAACAGAAAGCGGAGUGGUGAUCAGUGAUUUCGAUUCUCAUUACGGCACAGGGAAAAGAAGACCAAAAGAAAUAAAUCGUUCUAAAACAGUACCUUGUAGAGUUCGUAUGUUGGAUGGCACAGAUUUUGAAUGCGAUAUCAACAGGCGAGCUAAAGGUGCUGAUUUAGCAGAACUACUUGCAGACUCUCUUAACCUCUUGGAAAAAGAUUAUUUUGGUCUUACAUUUUUAGAUCAGGAUGGGUCUAGGAAUUGGUUGAAUUAUGAAAAAAGAAUAUCGAAACAAAACAAAGGUGGGCCUUGGGAAUUCGGCUUUGAGGUAAAAUUUUAUCCACCUGAUCCUUCUCAACUACAGGAAGAUAUUACUAGGUACCAGUUAUGUUUACAAAUUCGUAAUGAUGUUCUCUCAGGAAAACUACCCUGUUCAUUUGUGACUUAUGCACUUUUAGGGUCAUAUCUCGUACAAUCAGAGCUUGGAGACUAUGACCCAGAAGAACAUGCAAGCAAUUAUCUGUCAGAUUUCAAAUUCGCACCAAAUCAAACUCCAGAAUUGGAAGAAAAAGUAGCUGAAUUACAUCGUCAACAUAAAGGACAAACUCCUGCAGAGGCUGAACUCCACUACUUAGAGAAUGCCAAGAAAUUAGCCAUGUAUGGAGUUGAUCUCCAUCAGGCUAAAGACUCUGAAGGUGUGGAAAUCAUGCUUGGAGUCUGUGCAUCUGGUUUGCUAGUCUAUCGAGACCGUUUACGGAUCAAUCGAUUUGCUUGGCCCAAGAUUUUAAAGAUUUCAUACAAGCGAAACAACUUUUAUAUCAAAAUUAGACCAGGAGAGUUUGAACAGUUUGAAAGCACAAUUGGUUUCAAGCUGCCAAAUCAUCGAGCAGCUAAACGACUUUGGAAAGUUUGCGUUGAACACCACACAUUUUUUCGGUUGAUGAUGCCAGAACCUCCGCCCAAGCCAAAACUUUUUCUACCUCGCUUCGGCUCCAAGUUUCGAUAUUCAGGUCGAACACAGUACCAAACAAGAAUGGCGAGUGCGAUGAUUGACCGACCUCCUCCUCAUUUUGAACGGACCAUGAGUAACAAACGUUUCACAUCCCGAAGCAUGGAUGCUCUGGGUUAUAGAAAUAGAACUUGUUCUGAAUCACGAACAGAAAACAAACGUCAUACUUUAGCUGGCCCUCCUUUUAGAAGUCCAAUGGGUGAUGAUUUUAGAAAAAAGGAUAAGCCACCCCCUUCGCCCACAAAUUUUGCACAACCCUAUGAAAAAUCUGCAGAAUUCUUCCAGCAGCAGGAAAAUAAGAGACCUCCUGGUGGAAUUGCAGUAUUUCCAAAUCUAGAUCAGUACAGAGCUAAUCAACCAUCUCCAGACAUUACACUUAAUGGGCACUUCCAGCCAACAUUAGAUGAAAAUGCUAGGAAAAUAGCAGAGUCAAUUGUAAAUCAACCUGUGGUAUCAGAAUCUACUUACACUACAGUCACAACUACAGAAAGCACCCCAGAUCCAACAUCGCCUGAAAAGUGUUUUACAAAGAAAACGAGCACAACUAGUGAACAAAAGCAAGUGACUCAGCAAGUUUCAAAAAGCACUAAAAUAAUUACCUGUCCUGUGGAUGAGCUACAGUCUGCUAUUGUUAAAACAGAAUCUGUGAUGUACAAUCCAAAUAGUAAGCCUUGCAGUCCUCAAAGUACCACCUACGUCCCAGUUGUAGAAACCGAAACAUGUAAAGUGUUUUAUACGACUGAGCUCCCACAGUCACCUGGAUUGAACUCAUUCAGUCGAUCAGCUGCAUCAUCACCAUCACCUUUGCCCCUCGACACUUCCCUUCUUGGAGAAGACAUUUUAAACACAUCAUCUGUAUCAAGCAAGACACGCACAGUUGAAACAAUUACAUAUAAAACAGAGAAAGAUGGAGUCAUUGAAACCCGAGUGGAAAAGAAGAUUACCAUUCAUAGUGAUGGAGACCCCAUUGACCAUGACCAAGCUCUGGCCGAAGCCAUUCAUGAAGCCACACUUAUGAACCCAAACUUGACUGUAGAGAAAAUUGAAAUACAACAACAACCUCCGAAAGCUUAAUGAGUAUGUUUAACUGUAGACGAAGUAGUCAUUUCUAACCCUGGGAAUUAUUUUCGAGCUUUCAUCUCAAUUGUAAUUUUUGACCUAAGGUGCUCAUCUUCCCAUCAGUUGAAUCUCUUUUAAAGCUUCUUUUGAUCAAUCGCAGAAGAAAUGUUACAAAAUUUUCUAUCUAGGCAUUUCUUGAUUUUACAAUUUAAUUGACUGUUAGGAUUUAAUGAUAAAGUGGCAAUUCAGGUAGAUAACUUUAAGUACAGUAUACACACAACUUCUGAUGCAUUUGCUAAUGUACAAAGUUUCCUUUUAAAUGUGAUUUCACCCUAUCUUUUUACUAUUUUGUAUUGUAUAUAUUGUUAGAAGCCCAAAACGCUUUUUACUGCCAUGAUAUCUAAUAGAAUUAUCAUGUUAAAUUAUUUGAUAUUGUCAUCCAAAAAUUUUUUAACAAUGUUCCAUAUAUGUAGCAAAGAAAAAAAAAGGCAGAAGUGUAAUAUUCAUAGUAUCAUAUAAUUUUGACAAGCCAUUGUGUUUCUUUCUCUAUAAAAUAUGUUGAUUUAAAAAAUAUUUCCAAAACAACAAAUUUUCCCUUAUAACUGAAAUACAAAACUUUAAAUUAUUUUAAGCUGAAAUAGUAUUGAUUUAAAAAGCCAUAGAACUGUUUUGAAUGAUUGGAGAGUUUUAGCUUGGAAAACGUGUUAUACUGACAACUACAGAAAUGAACUUGUAUUGAAACAUCAGGGAAUUAGCAUAAUCAUGUUUAUACAAGCACACCCAGGGCUUUAGUUUAGGGAAAACAUGGGGGAGGUGGCCCCCCGAAAUAUUUGGGUUACUAUUGUAAAAAAAAAAAAAAAAAAACUUUUGAAGUAAAUUAAUGUCUACCUUUUGAAUUAUAGGUGGUAUAAGUAAUCUAAACUAAGCUUUCUUGGCCUAACAAAAAGUCAUCAAUGGUGGCAUCUACCCAAUAUGUUUACUGAACACACCCGUAAUAUUUAAAGGAAAAAAUAUCUUUUUUGAGUGAUUUGAUAAAAAGAGAAAUUAUUAUGCAUUUGUUUUUCAUAUUUUUUUACUGUGCACCACUUUCCCAAAGUCAAUUAAGGAUGUCAUAUGCAUUUAUUUUUUAUUUAAGAACUAUAUUUUCAUAUUGAAAAAAAAAAACUCAUUCAAAAUGAACCACAAAUAUGACCCAAAUUAUUAUUUGGAUAAACUGCAUAUGGGAAAUGAUUCAAAGUGAAGCUUUAUAUACAAUAUUCAAUGCAUAUUUAGGAACAUAAAUGAUGUUGGUAUGGCCCAUGAAUACGGUGCAGACAUCUAGUGUUAUCAGAGGGAAUUUUAUGAGCCAGUUGGCAUUUACAAGGCAGUGGUGGAAGGCUAUGAACAACCACCAUGAGGUCAGCUGGUGUUUCAUGUUCAUUUGAAUUUAAUAAGGCUUUAAUUCUAAAAAUAAAAAACCUUUGCAUAUUUUUGAAGAGAAAAAGGGAAUUUUGUCUAUCAUUCAUCCUUUCCUCAUCUUGUCUGUUACUGGAUAUCAGUAGAUUUGUUGUUAUCUCUUACUGGAGGAUUGGACUUUUUUUUUCAAAAUUGAGCGAAUAAAAAUAGAAUUAAGUAACUCAGAAGAUCCAGAAGCAGCCAAACGUUAGAUGAGAUGUAGUUGCAUGAGAAAAAAAUAGUCUAAAUAGUCUAAAUACAUUAAAAGACUCAGAAAAUUGAGUUAACCUGAGAGCGAUGCCUUAAGCAUAUCUGUGACUGUUGCCGUUACCCUACUUUUAUAAUAUUGAUAAUCAGUUGCUUUUGUGCCAUAACUCUUUUAACUUUUUGAAUUUGCAUGAUUAUAUUAGAAGUUCCAGUUCAUAUGUUAAUUUUAAAUGUGAAUGUACGGAAAAUCUAUUUCAAUCUCCUUUGUUAUGUAAACUAUCAAAUAUUGCAUCCAUUAAUAGUGUAAUUAUGUAACUUAGCAUUAGGGCCUGAACACUGUGCCUAUGAAAUAAAACUACCUUCAUGGAAUUUGGUAUCCUUCCCUCACUCCCGUGCCCUCUCCAUUCUCUAAAAGGCUUCCAAAGACUGUGAUAUUUAAUAGAGUGAAUUUUUUUAUUUCAAUGAUAGGAAUUUGAAUUAGAAGAAAUUCACAAACAUCAACUACUAAACUUUAUUAAAAAAUAUUAUUAUUUGUGUUUGUAU